CCUUAUAAUACUGUCACCAUGCAAGAAAGAGGGUAGAUGAAAUGAUGGGAGUUCUAAUUUUAAAUUAAUUUAACUUUCUAAAUAUUGUUUGAUCGACAAAAUUACAAACAAACUGGGAUCGUCUCAUCAGAUAAAUCAGGCUUUUUUUUUUUUUUCCCUUUAAACGUUUCCCCAACAGGAUACCUUUAUUUUGUUUCCAGUUUUGGAUUGAUCUUAAAACAACAAAGGGAUCCACAGAAAACAGACGCAUUUUGAAUUUGCAUGUUAUAAAAAGGGUAUUCGUAUAUUUUUUAACGAAAUGGCAACAUCAGCCCGUGUGGACCAUUUUGCAGCAGAGUGCCUUGUGUCAAUGUCCAGCCGUGCGAUUGUCCAUGGUCCAAAAGGGAGUAUAGAUAUCAAACCAGAAGCAAUGUCAGCCCCUGGAAACGGAGAGGAUACUAAAGAAGCAAAUAAAGACCCACUGGUGAAAGAUAACUCGUCUCUCUUUGUGGUGGCCAGAAUUUUGGCUGACCUAAACCAGCAGACCCCCAGCAAUCAUGCAGAUCAGGCAAAAAUAACAGAAGAAAACGACACACAAACCCCUCCCAGAGAAGAUGCCGGGCUUCAAAGUGGCUCCUUGGCCGGCAAACGUGAUGGAAACACUGCCACACCUACCAUCUGCACCGACUCCGGCCCCAAACAAAGAAACAAGCGUGGGAGAAGCCGAAUUGAGCACGAAUCUCCCCAGAAAAAGCACAAGUGCCACUAUUCAGGUUGUGAAAAAGUUUAUGGCAAAUCAUCCCAUCUUAAAGCCCAUCUCAGGACACAUACAGGUGAGCGUCCCUUUCCGUGCACCUGGCCCAACUGCAGUAAGAAGUUUGCCCGCUCGGACGAGCUUGCUCGCCACUACCGCACACACACCGGGGAGAAGAAGUUCGGCUGCCCCCUGUGCGAGAAGCGCUUCAUGCGCAGUGACCACCUGAUGAAGCAUGCCCGGCGCCACUCCGACUUCGAGCCUGGCAUGCUCAAGAGGCCCUACAGCACUGGCACCCGCACGGGCUCCCUCAGCGACUACAGCCGCUCGGACGCUUCCAGCCCCACCCUCAGUCCAGCCAGCUCGCCUUAAGCCCUCCUUGCACUGGACACCCGCACUUUUUCCUCAGCCCGACACUUGUGUUGCACAUUUUGUGAGCACCCCUCUGCUGAUAAUCUGCUUGCUGUACUGCAUACGUAGCUGCCUAAUAUUAGUGCAAUCUCUCGGGAAAAUACUCUCCAACCUCUCCCGGUUGAUUCUAGAUUCUAGAUUGUAUUUCUAGCUCUAUAACUGUAGUGCUUUUGUUUAGUGGUGUUUUUUUUUUUUGGGG